AUAAAAGAUGAUCCCACAAAGGCAAAAAUAAACAAAAGGGUAGGAGCAGGAAGCAUGGGCACUCUCUUCCUCAUCGCUUCAAUAAUAAUUCCUUGAGCUCUCUUCUUCUUCCUCCUAUCUGAAACCAUCGAUUGUGCCCGACAAACCCUAGAUCCAACAAUUGAAUCAUCAAGAACCAAUUUUUAUUCGAAUCUUUGCAAAUUUCGCCUUGAAUUUCAAUUAAUACUCCAAACAUGGUUGGCGGUACAACUCAUCAACCGCAACAAGCUCCUCAAUUGGCUCGUACAUCGUCAUCAACAGCAGCUCAGUCUACUUCACCGGAGGAAGAUGAGCUCUUGAAAAGAAACACCGAUUGCGUUUAUUUUCUUGCUUCUCCAUUAACCUGCAAAAAUGGAAGUGAGUGCGAGUAUCGGCAUAGCGAUAUUGCACGGGUCAACCCUAGAGAUUGCUGGUACUGGUUAAACGGGAAUUGCUUAAAUCCAAAAUGUGCUUUCCGUCACCCUCCUCUUGAUGGAUUGCUGGGAUCUGACGUGUCGACUCCCAAGGGACCUCCUGCACCCGCACCGUAUGCUACGCCCAAACAAGGAGUUGCGUGUAUCUUCUUUCAAAAAGGUUACUGUUUGAAAGGACACUUAUGCCCUUUCUUGCACGGGCCAUCAAAUUCAAUCAACAAUAAACCUACACAGCCCGGGCCAGCUAUUCCUGUCACCGAGCCUCCUAAAACGGUUCAACAAGUAUCCGUCCACAAGCCCGUUGAGUUUCAGCCUUCUCAGGGAAAACAACCACCUCUUCCAACCAGAAACGGCGUUGAUAAAAAGAUAGCACCACUAGCCGUGGUUCCGCCACCUGUCAUCAAUGAACCACCGUCUAACAAACCUAACCGUAGUUAUCACGCAACCAACGGAAGAAUUGUUAAUGGGAAAGAUGCUGAGGAAUAUUCAAGAGAACCUUCCCCUGGUUUUGAUGUUCUUGUGGAUAAUGAAGCUGAAGACGCUGGUCAUGAUUACGAUGUUGACCGAGAUAUGUACCACGAGCAUCGUGAUUACGACCAUUAUAAUGAACGGGAUGGCCAUUUUGAGGUUGACUGUGUUGACCAUUUAGAGAGGCGGUCGUAUCCUAGAAAUGACCGUGAAAACGAGUCAGAUUUACGCCACCGUUUAUCCAAACAACGAAGGGGUUCCGGCAAUGAGUUGAGGUCGGCUGUCAACCGUGAAAUUCAUGCUGACCGGAUUACGAGGGACCGCCACAGCCACCGCCCUGAUCAAGGAACGUUAAGUAACCGGCUUAGAGGAAGAAUAAAGAUUCCGGGAAGGUCAGCGUCUCCUACUAAAGAAACCAACUCAAGGGUAGACAGGGUUCGAGACCGCGUAAGCGACUCCAAGUUUGCUGGACCGAAAAGAUUGUCUGAACUGAAAAGCGUUAGAGCCGAACAUCAAUCAAACGAUGAACAGUUUCGUGGAAAAAGAAAACACCCAAAAACGGAAGAAGAUUUGUCAUUCGAAGGGCCAAAGCCUCUUAGUGAGAUUUUGAAGCGUAAAAGAGGGGUUAACGAUAAUAAUGUUAUCAAUAACGAUUGCGUUUCUUCUGUAAACAUUGAAAAUAAGGAGGCAGAGAUCAUACCUGCUAACAAAGAGGAACACAACUCUGUUUCGGCUGAUUUUGAAGCAGAAAACGAGAAGGAUAAACAAGCGGAAGAGGUGGAAAAUGAAGGUGAAGGUGAAGGUGGUUUAGUUGAUGAAGAUGCAUUGCUUGAUGAGGAGCUUGAAGCUUAUGAUGAGAAUAGAGAUGGGGAUUAUGAAUAUGAGCAGAUGGAUGGUGAAGAAGAAGAAGAUUAUAAUAUGGAUGAAGGUGAAGAAUAUGUUGAUGAAGAUGGGGAGGAAUAUGGAAAGAAAGAGGGUGUGGUGUACUCAUAGAAAAUAUGAGGUUUUGAGUGUGUGUGUAAGAAGGGAAUCAAGGGAUACGUUGUAUUGUUAAUUGUUAUAGAUUUUGAUUUGUAUCCAAA